UCUGGCAGCUGCCACCACACCGCAAUCUCCUUUGGGCGCCGCCGAUUCCGCUGUUGAGACGCCUCCUGCUGCCUCCGUCUGAAAACGAAGAUGAAGCCCAAGCGCAAAACCUCGGCGCGUUCCUCCAAGGAUCAGGGUCCGAUAUCGCUGCAGCAGGAGCUUGCCGAUCUGCUCGACGAUGGUGGCAAGCGUCGGCGCAGGAAGGCACCUGACCAGCGAACAACCACCGAGUCGCAGGAGUCUGAGCUACAGGCCGUUCUCGAGCGCAAGCCGAAGGGCUGCUCCCGCGCUCAGCUGGCCAAGAGCUACGAGAAGGCCAUUGCCAGCUACAUGAGUGCCAGCUGCGACCUGUGCGAGUUUAGUGCUCCCUACCUAUCCGAGUUGAAGACCCACUUUCUGGAGGUGCACCAGCGCGAGUACUACAUCAAGUGCUGCGGCAAAAUCUUUACACGCGCUUCCAAGCUGAUGGACCACAUCCGCAAACAUAUCAACCCCAAGCUAUUUACCUGCACCAUUUGCCAGAAGUCGCUCAACUCGCAGGACUACCUGGCCACUCAUAUCGAGACAGUGCACAACAAGGUUGCCCAGAUCGGCAAAGUGCUGAAGUUCCCGUGCCCCAAGUGCGAACGCACUUUCAGCAGCGAGCGGCGUAUGGCGAAUCACCUGGCCAAGCACGACACCGAUCAACUGGAGCACACCUGCGAGAUCUGCUGCAAAAGCUUUGCCAAUGUACACCGCCUGCGAAGGCACAUCCAAUCCAUCCACGAAGACCUGCAUCGUCACGUUUGCGACAUCUGCGGCAAGAAGUUCAAGUUCAAGCCCUCCUUCGAGCGCCAUUUGCUGGAGCACCAGGGCGUCGUGGCCCCGGCUGUGGAGUGCCCCGUCUGCGGUGUGUGGCUGAAGAACGAGCACAGCUUGCGCCUGCACCGCUUCACGCACGACAGCACGGACACCGUGUGUCCGCAUUGUGGCAAGACCUGCACAUCGCGCACAGCGCUCCGCGGUCACGUCAAAUACGCCCACAAGCUGACCACCAAUCUGCAGUGCACGUUCUGCGAGAAAACCUUCAAGCAGCAGCGCAACCUGGACGAGCACAUGGCCAUCCACACGGGCCUGCAGCUGUACAACUGCCCGCAUUGCCCCAAGGAGUGCCGCUCCCGCUCCAACAUGUAUGUCCACAUUAAGCAGCGUCACGCGGACGAGUGGUUGCGCGCCAAGAUGGCACGCUCGCACAAUCCGCAGUUCAAACCGGCCGACGUGUAAUCCUGACCCCCCACAAAUGUGUUUAAUCAUUAUACGUAUAAUUAAACUAUA